AUGGCAGUGGCGGUAUCAGGCAACUUGUGUACCUGCCUCUUCCGGUACCUCGUCCUGGCCUUCUUGGCCUUCUCCGUCAUCUUCUCGACUGCGUCCUUCCUAUUCCCUAACCUCUCCUCUGAAGACUUCCGCAAGAAUGCAGCUGGCCUGAUUCAACGUGGAGCCGGCGCUGCUGGUGUCAGUCCUGGCGCACUCUCUUGGAUCGACAACCAGUCGCCUACCUUUGAAAUCGACUCCAUUCACUACAGUAACCAGAAGUUGACCAUUCAACCUGUUCAUAAAGGCGAUAUUCAACAAGAAGGCGCCAGCCAACAAGCCGUCGAUGAGGAUUUUUAUCUGUCAAAGGUCUACAGCACAGCAAUGCAGCCCUCUAAAGUCAUGCCCUACUAUUUCAAGGCUGAGGGCGUCUUUGACAAAGAGGAGGUCACUAUUACCACCCUUAUCACCGAGAACAGAUUCGGAGUGUUCAAGAAGCUGGUUCGCAACUACAGGGGUCCCAUCUCGGUAUCGAUCUGGAUCAGGGAUGACGAAUACAAGGAUCAGCACUUCACCGCACUUCACGAGUUGUACGAGUCCGAACCUUUGUUGAGACAAUACGUCGACUUCCAUGUCGUUGUGGAUCGGUUCGAUUUCCAGCUCAACAUGUGGAGAAACGUUGCUCGUCUUUUCGCCAGGACCGACUACUUCAUGUUGCUCGAUGUCGACUUUCAUAUCUGUACCAACCUCCGUCAGCAUUUGAAGGAGAGCCCCCAGGCUCGGGAGUUGCUCCGUCAGGGUGCAGCCUUGGUCUUGCCCGCCUUUGAGUACACCAACGAGGAGGAUGGUGUUGAUUCGGCUACUUUCCCUGUUAUCAAGGCAGAGGUUGAGAAGCAGGUCAAGGACAAGAAGUUGAUUGCCUUCCACGCAGCAAAGUUCGUCCCUGGACAUGGAGCAUCCAACUACCCCAAGUGGUAUGCGACCAACGACAUCUACCAGGUCACUGAGUUCAACUACAAGUAUGAGCCCUAUGUCAUCCUUAAGAAGGAGGGUACUCCUUGGUGCGACGAGCGCUUCGUCGGCUACGGAGCCAACAAAGCCGCCUGCUUGUACGAGAUCUACAUCUCCGGAAUCGACUACUACGUCCUCCCCAACGACUUCCUCAUCCACCAGUCCCACGCCUACCCCGAAUCCAAGCGUUCCGGUGGCCGCAAACUCAACGCAGAACUCUACGCCGCCUUCCGGGAUGAGUUGUGUUUCCGGUACGCCAAAGCAAUGUACUUUGCUAACGAACUCAAUACCCCCAAGGCCCGCAACAUGCGCACCCAGUGCUCGUCCCUCAAGGGCUUUGAUGCCGCCCUCAAGGCCUUCCCUCAGAUGUGGAAGACCCUUCCACCCAGGGAUGCUGCUGCUGGCACCAAGUAA